AUGGUUUCUAAAUAAGGAAGGUGGGGUUUUUCAGAAUUUUAUCUAAGUGCAGACCUUUUAAAUAAUUACUAAUAGAAUUUUGAAUUAAUUUAUUAAUCACUUAAUAAUUUAAAAUUUACUUCAGUAGCAUCAGAGGAUGGAUGGAUGACUAAUAGUAUUAUCUCUUUAUAAGUAUUUUAAUGUACAGGUAUCGAUAAUAAUUGUAUGUAGAUUUCAAUUAUUUAAAGUCAACAGGAAAUAAUUUAAUGAAAGAUUUUGUUUUGAAAAAUCAUUUUAAAAUUAGUUUUAAUUUGAAAGUUUUAAUAUUCAAUUAAACUCCAACAACAAUAGAAAUCAAAAUUGAUAAUUAAUUAGUAUCCACUUAUCAUUCAAAUUCAUUUGUAACUUCUUCCUUAAUAUUAUGCAACAAUUUCAUAGUUAUAAAAGUAUAAGUAGAAGAUUUUAUACAUAAUCAUAACAAUCUACGAAUUGAAGUGAUAACUUUAGUAAAUGGUUCUAGCUCUUGGUUUGGCAUAAGAGAUUUUUAAUUAUUUACUACUAAGAUAGAUUAUUUUUGUUAAGACUUAAACAAUUAACCAUUUGAUGGGUGUUUCUCUAAUUAUUACGAUUGUAAUUUUGGUUGUAGUAAUUGUAUAAAAGGAACCUGUAUCAAGUGCUUAGAUGGCUUGAUACUUGAUAUUUAAAAUACUUGCAUUCCAAUUUGUGGUGAUAGAAAAAUAAUUUUAAAUGAGGCUUGUGAUGAUGGUAAUUAAAUUCCAUAUGAUGGUUGUCAUCUAUGUUAAUUUUCUUGUCCAUUAAAUUGCAUUCUUUGUAAUUUUGGAAUUUGUUAAGUUUGUGAACAAUCUUAUUUUCUUUAAGGGAAUAAAUGUAUAAAUGAUUAAUAAAUAUGUGAUACCUUUAUUGAACUAUUAGAAACAGGUUUUUUUUAUCAAAUGAUAAAUUAUAAUGAAAAUGGAUAUCAAUUUUAAUAAUAUCAUAUUCUUUAAAAUAUUUAAAAUUGUUAUAACUUUAAAGAUUAUUUUGGAAUUUUAGGAUAUUAGUACUAUUAUUGUUAAAUAAUUGAAAACUGCAAAUUAAGUAUUUAUGAAACAAGUCAAGAAUGCUAAGUUAGUUAUAAACUUUCAUUAAACAAUAGAUAAUGCAUUUAAAUUUGUAAUUGUGAAGAUUAAAUUAAUUUCUAAUAUAAUGAUUGUUAUAAAUGUAGACAAAAUUGCUAAUUAGAAUGUUUAAUGUGUAUUUAAUAUAAAUGUUAUCAAUGUCUUGAUGGGUGGUAAUUAAUUGAUCAUAAAUGUUAACAAAUUUGUGGAGAUAAAUAAGUUGCAUUAUUUUCUCCAGAAUAAUGUGAUAAUGGUAAUGAUAUUAUUGAUGAUGGGUGUCAUGAAUGUUAAUUAUAAUGUUAAGCAUAUUGUUAAAUAUGCAGUUAAGAUUCAAUUUGUAUCAUUUGUCAAUAAAAUUUUGAAUUGAUUAAUAAUAAAUGUCAACCAAUAUGUGGUGAUAAGAUAGUCAUAUAUGGAUUUGAAGAAUGCGAUGACGGAAAUGAUAUCUAAUAUGAUGGUUGUUUUCAAUGUUAAUUUUAAUGUAAUUAUGGUUGUUAAGUUUGUGAAUCUGGCAAAUGUUUAAUUUAAUGUAAAGAAGAAGAAGAAUUUAAAAAUGGUGAAUGUGUUUUAAUCCCAUAGACAGAGAAUGAAGAAAAUUAAUCAGAUUUAAUUUAAUGCCAAGAUAAUUGUUUAAUUUGUUAGGGAGAUCUUUGUUUACAAUGUAAUUAAGACUAUAUUUUUGAAAAUAAUAUGUGUCUAACAUGUGGAAAUGGAAUUAUAAACAAUGACGAAGAAUGCGAUGAUGGAAACAGAAUGA